CCCCGUCCCUCUCGCUUCCCAUUUCUGUGACACUGUCUGUGACUAUCCCUCCUCCCUCUCAUCUUCUCUGUAUCUUGUAUGUCUCCUAUACAGCUGGCUGUGUGCUUCCCCCGGGGGUGUGUGUGUGUGUGAGCAUGCUAUGUAAUGCCACACUCGGUGACACACACACAGAGAUGCUCCUGUCUCCAUGGCAGCCGUAACUAGAAGGCACCCCCGAGGGAAAAUACCCGCAGUGGCAUGAGCUGUCUACCUGAGACUGGCUGCAAUUAUCACAGCUCCCGAGCUACUGUGCAGGAUCUGGGAAGAAAAGAGAGAGCUGAGAGAGAAAGAGACUUUGCAAAAAGUGCUGGAGAAUGCUUACAUAGAGCCAGAGACUGCAGAGUGUGUGCCAGAGACAACUCUAGGAGAGACAGAGACUGCACAGAGAGUAGAGACUGCUCGCUUAAUGCCAGAGAUUGCAUAAACAGUGUCAGAGACAGCUCUCAGAUUCUCUCUCAAGAGACUGCACGAAGAGUGACAGAGUUUGUUCGCACAGAGCUCACACAGAGAGCACCAAAUACUGUUCCAAGAUUGCCUUUGGCAACAAAGAGAGCACCUCCUCUCAGGGGGAUAGAGACUGCAUUGCAAGUGUCAGAGACUACACAGAGAGUGUCAGAGACUUUACAAGGAAAUUCAGAGAUUACAAGGAGUGUACCAGAGACUGCUCACGAGAAGCCAGAUACUGCAAGGAGAGUGCCAAAGACUGCAUAAAGAGUCCUAGAGACUGCUCAUACAAAAGCCUGAGACUGCAUUAAAAUUCCCAGAGACUGCUCACUACUGCCACAGACUACUCAGAGAAAGAAACUGUAUAUGGCAAACAGGAAAGGGGUAGAUAUGGAGAGCGCAGGCUGAGGGGGAUUAUUGGGAAGAGGGAGAAGCAAUCUAUUUUUGGGAGAGUAGCUCAUUGCAGCCUCUGUCUAAUGAUUAUUAUCUUAGGAGAUGCCUGAGUGAACUGAACUAACAGUGUGAGUAGGCACGUAGUGUGAGUGGGGUGUAACUUUAAGGAAGUACAGGGUGUGAAGGAGACAAAUACUGUGUGUUGGGUAUAAAUCUGAGAAGACAAAGGGUGUGAAGUUGCCACAUAGUGUGAGUGGGGUAUAAACCUGAAGAGGUGCGUGUUGUGAGUGGGGUAUAAUUCUCAGAAGGUACACAUUGUGAGUGGCGUAUAAUUCUCAGAAGGUACACAUUGUGAGUGGGGUAUAAUUCUCAGGAGGUGCACUUUGGGAAUGGGAUAUAAUUGUGAGGAGGUACGCAUUGUGAGUGGGGUAUAAAUCUGAGAAGGUACGCAUUGUAAGUGGUGUAUAAUUCUGAGGAGGUACACAUUGUGAGUGGGGUAUAAAUCUGACUGGUUGUGUGAAGAAGGCAGAGUGUGGAAGUGUGUGGGGACACAGAGUGCCAGAAAGAGAAGGUAGGUAGGGAAAGUAGUGGGAGCCAGACUGUGAAGGGGUGUACCUGUAGAUUGAGAGAGUCAGUAAGGGCAAAGAGAGUGGGUGUGAAAAUAGUUUGAGAAAGUGUGUGAGGUUUGAUUUAGAGUGUCAGAGUGGGUAUAGGGUGAGCGGGCAUUAGACUAGGUGUAAGCAAAUACAGGGAGUGUGAGUACAAGGAGUGUGAGUGUAGUCUGGUAACAGGGAGGAACAGGAAGACACAAAGCAGUUUCUGGGAAAAUCAAGGUCCAAGAUCAGAAGGAGAGCUACUGCCCUUGGGGGCCCAGAAGAUGCCACGGGCCCAUGAACAGGAUGAUGCUGAUGAGCUAUAUCAGAACAACUCCUUAUCUUGGCUGGCAUGUGGUGCCCUCUCACUCCUUGCCAACGGCUGGAGCAUCCUGAGCCUAGCAAGCCGUGGAGGCAGUGGCCAACGUCCGCGCCCUUUGGAGCUUCUUCUCUGUCUUCUAGCUGGAACUCAUUUGUUAAUGGCAGCUGUGCCUCUGUCCUUGUUCUCUGUGGUACAGCUCAGACGUAGACACUCACCGGGUUACGAAUGGAAUGAGGGUCUCUGCAAGGUGUUUGUGUCAACGUAUUACACGCUGGCAUUGUCAACGUGCCUAACUGUGGCAUGCCUCUCCUAUCACCGGAUGUGGAUGGUCCGGUGGCCUGUCAGCUACCGACUGGGUGGUGCCCGGAGACAAGCUCUGCAGGGGGCACUUGGUAUAUGGGCUGCCUCGUUUGUAUUGUCUACACUCCCUUCCAUUGGUUGGCAUGACAAUGCACGACGGUUUUACACACGUGGGUGCCAUUUCCUAGCGAGUCGCAUUGGUUUGGGAUUUGGGCUCUGUUUUCAACUGCUGCUCUUGGGUGGGGUGGGUACAGGGUUAGGGUGUCUUGGGGUGACUUUGUACCAUGCUUGUUGUUGCCCUGCAUCUGGGCAGAGAGGGGCGGGUGAAGGAGGCCCCGAGGGAAAGCUGGAAGUUCCAGCCAUCGUGGUGCAGGAUGCCCAGGGAAAGAGGCGCUCAUCACUGGAUGGGUCUGAGUCACCACGGACAGCAGCACAGGUCACCGGACUGGUUGGGGGAAUUGUCCUGCUGUAUGAUGCCCUGACUGGGCUACCAAUACUGGUGGUCAGUUUUGUCAGCCUGCGGUAUGACAGCGCCCCCCCAUGGAUGGUGCUCUGUGUGCUGUGGUGCUCAAUGGCACAGACUCUCCUUCUCCCAUCGUUCAUCUGGUCCUGUGCCCGAUAUCGUGCAGACCUGCGCACUGUGUGGGAACACUGUGCCUCCAUGCUGUCUGACAGUGGAGGAGACGAUGACAGUGGUCGGGAGGACUUUGCAGACGGACGUUUGUGUGAGGUUAGAUUUGAUUCUAAUGGAGCCUCAUUAAAGAGACCCCCACACUACCUUGGGGGGGAGUUGAGGGACGGAAAGUUCUUGCCAGCCCGACAUGUUCUGCUGCCCACGGACCGGAGCCAGUACCUACAGGUUCAUCGGCAUCAGGUUCCAUUAGCCCGGCGGAUGUCACAUGAUGAGAUUGACAUGUUUCCUGCUCGUUCUUCUCCGCUCCUGCUCAGGUGGUCUUCCUCAGAUGAUGUUCGAGGGGGGAAUGGAUCGAGCCGGGGUGGUAGUCCCUCUAGCCCCCGUCGUGGUUAUGAAGUACAGCCCUGGAGUCGCCACCCUCCCUCUCGUGGAGAGGGUGAGGAUGGCCUUACUUCCCUGCAGCAGUUUUUGGCCGGUGGUCUAGGUGGCCCAGCAGGAUUUGGUGGGGGAAUGCAUAAUUCUUUCUUCCGGGAUGAAAUAACAGCAUUUAUUGAUGAUACCCCGUGCCCCUCACCUCUUGGGACACCCCACAGAGUUCGAGCAGCACCACGGGCCUCUCCCCUCCCAAGGAGGGGGCUGGAAGGGGGGUUGGCAUGGGAAACUUCAGGUGAGAGACGUCUAUCCCUUUGUAGUGCUCCACAUGGAGUCCCAGAAUCACGUAGAGCCUCACUCUCUGAAAAGGGUUCUAGAGGUCGCCCUUAAUAUAGAAGAGAGGUAGUAUACUGAGAGAUAAUAGCUCCUAUCUACGAGCUCCUACCAAACUGGGUAACAAACCUGCACAGGGACACACCCCAUCCAAUGAAUACCUUGUUCUCAGGCAAACCUGCUGUUUGUGGGGGGCAGAGGGGUUGGAGGGGGUCUAACUUUACACUACUUAUGCCCCUCAUGCCCCCUUCACACCCCUUUGCCCACUACACACACAACAAAUAUACUGGAAAAUGAGCCAAAAGAUGACAAA